AUGAUAAGGAGACAGAUUCAAAAGGAAUAUUAUUUAAAGAUGGUGGAAUCUAGUAAUGUGAGGCUAACUAAAAGAGAAGUAUUCGGUACAGAUAGUGUUGCUCAAGGUGGCAGCAGUAGGACUGAGGAUAUCGAAGAAUUCGGAUUAUGUCUCUCCGUAGCAAACAUUGAUGCAAUAGGCGUGAGGGUGAAAGAUGGUGUGUCCUGUAGCAUAAGAUCAUAUCCGAAUGCUCAUGUGGAGGAUGCCAAUACGGUGUAG